CUCAUCACACCAAAGAAAAAGCUCAUUCUGAUAUAGCUUUCUCUUCUUCUUUUCUCUCUAAUGGCUUCAAUUUCUCAUCUCUUCAUAGUUCUCUCCCUCUUAACCUUCUCGGCCAAUGCCCAGCUCUCCCCCACCUUCUACUCGAAAACCUGUCCAAACCUCCAACGGAUCGUUCGUUCGGGUAUGACCAAAGCUAUUAACAAAGAACCUCGCAUGGGGGCUUCCAUCCUUCGCUUGUUCUUCCACGAUUGCUUCGUAAAUGGCUGUGAUGGUUCUAUACUGCUGGAUGCCUCUUCAAGCUUUACCAGCGAAAAGAAUGCGUUUCCCAACAGAGACUCGGCCAGAGGCUUCGAAGUGAUUGACGACAUUAAAACUAGUGUCGAAGCUGCUUGCAAAGGUGUCGUUUCAUGCGCUGAUAUCCUUGCUCUUGCCACUCGCGAAGGGGUCAAUUUGCUUGGAGGGCCUAGUUGGACACUACCGCUUGGUCGGAAGGACUCGAGGACCGCGAGCGAGAGUGGAGCAAACAACAACCUACCAGGGCCAGGCUCGGACCUAUCGACGCUGAUCUCGAUGUUCAGCGCGCAGGGGCUAAACGCCCGUGAGAUGACCGCGCUCUCGGGCGCCCACACCAUCGGCAUGGCCAAUUGUGCCUUCUUCCGAACCCGCAUCUACAACGAGUCGAACAUCGACCCCACAUUCGCCGCCCAGCGGAGAGCCAACUGCCCGUUCACCGGCGGCGACACCAACUUGGCCCCACUCGACGGAACGCCCAAUAAGUUCGACAACACGUAUUACCGGGACUUGAUUAAUAAGCGUGGCCUGUUCCAUUCCGACCAGCAGCUCUUCAACGGCGGUUCUCAAGACCCGCUGGUUCGGACUUACAGCACAAGCCCGGCCAUCUUCACGAGGGACUUUUCGAAUGCGAUGAUAAAGAUGGGGAAUCUCGGCCCGCCGGCUGGGGCGCCAACUGAGAUCAGAUUAAAUUGCAGGGUAGUUAAUUAAUUAAUAAUUAUUAAAUUUCCCCUGCCGGAUCGAGCAACUAUAUAUAAUUAGGAACAAUAUUUAUAGUUUAUAUAAUAUAAUAUUUAGCUAUACGAAUAAGAAAGAUAUGCUUGCCCACUGCCAAAUGUAUGGAUAAAUUAGUUGUUAUUUCUCUAAUUUUUCUGUUUCUCUACUUGGUUUCUUUUCUUUCUACGUGUUGUAGAAUAUUUCUGGCUAUCAAAGGAAUUAAUGCCAUUUAAUGAAAUUUAAAUUAGCUUUAUAGUA